AUGUCAUCACGUGUUAAGGGUUUAUCUACUGUUCGUGUAAUGUGGAGUCCAGAUAAUGUGAAGACAGCUGUUGAAUCUGCUAUCAUGAUGAAUGACUCAGCUGUUUUGGUUGAUGUUCUGGGAAUAUUAGCGAAAAAUAGUAAAUAUUGGAGUUUAGAUUUAGUCAAUUUUCUGUUACCUCAACUAGUGGAAUUGAUUCACAGUAAAUAUACAACUCAUGUCGAAACAACCUGUCAAAUAGUCCGUGUAAUAAUCAGGAAUUUUGCACACAUCAUUCGUCAAACUAUUGAAGGUCCCACUCCACCCGGUGUGGAUUUGAUGAGGGAAGAAAGGCGUCGAAAAUGUCAAGAUUGCAUGUCGCAUCUGCUUACAAUACGAUCGGCUUUGAGCACCAAAGAUGUAGCUAGUAAAGCUGGUCAGUUUGGUCGAGAAUUGAAUGUAAUGUUCCAGCUGUUGGUCUGA